CGAUUUCUGAGGCUGCCAUGUUGGCUUCGAGGUAAAUGUCCGUCCGCCUCUGAGCAGAUACCGCGGCACUGAGUCACGUCACGGUCCUGAUCUCUGCACGCCGUCCGGAUCUCAGGUUUUCCGUGUUGCUUAAUUAGGACAUGUAGGAAGAAGAGUCCCGGUGCUGCAGCAGCGGAGUGACGGGACAGAAGAUCGGCCGGAGAGGAGCGCACAGCGGCGUCAGCUCACUGCCACAAAUAACGUCUUUGGACAUUGACAAACACAACAAAACAUCCGCACAGACAUUUACUGUGGACCAGGGGAGGGAGGUUUGUCACCAUGGAAGGUUUAAUGCAGCGUCUGGAGCGAGCCGUGACUCGCCUGGAGCAGAUGUCCGUCACGAAGCAGCCAUCCAGUGGCAUGGCCAAUGGGGACUGUUUCAACGGCAUUGAUGGAGGCAUGUCUCAGUGUGUGGAGGCGUUCGACAGACUCCUGAAGGGUCCGGUGUCAGACUACCUGAGCCACAGCCGAGCCGUAGGAAGGGAGGUGGAGAAACAUGCAGAGAUGGUGAACAACGCCCUGCAGACUCUAAGAAAUUUCCUGGAACUUACUGCAACACACCAACAACCUGCAAAGACAGAACUUCAUGACCUACUGAAACCGAUUUCAGAUCACAUCCAGGAGAUUCAGAACUUCAGAGAAAGAAACCGCGGCUGCAGCCUCUUCAACCACCUGUCAGCCAUCAGUGAGAGCAUCCCCGCACUGGGCUGGGUCGCUGUGUGUCAGAAGCCGGGCCCUUAUGUGAAGGAAAUGAACGAUGCCGCCACCUUCUACACCAACAGAGUGCUGAAAGACUACAAGGAAACCGACAGGCGCCAUGUGGACUGGGUGCAGUCCUACUUGUCAAUCUGGACUGAGAUGCAGUCUUUCAUCAAAGAGCACCACACCACUGGACUGGAGUGGAGCAAGACUGGCCCCAUCGCUCCUCCUUCUCUCUUUGAUUCCUCCAAGACCCCCAGUGCUCCCCCUCCCCCUCCUCCUCCUCCCCCCGGUCCACCUCCAGUCUUCACAGACGAUGACUCCCAGCCUGAGGCAGCCAGUGCUGCGGCUCCACACUCUGCACUGUUUGCUCAGCUCAACCAGGGAAUGGACAUCACCAAAGGUUUGAAGCAUGUAUCAGAUGAGCAGAAGACCCAUAAGAACGCAAACCUGCGCUCUCAAGCUGCACCGACCAAAACUCAAACCUCAGUGACUGAAAACUCCUCAUCGAGAGCGGCUGCUAAGAAAAGACCUCCUCUUCUGGAGCUGGAGGGGAAGAAAUGGAGGGUGGAAAACUUUGAGCAGAAACACGACCUGCUGAUCGAGGAGACGGAAUUAAAACAAGUGGUCUACGCCUUCAAUUGUAAUAACUCCACUUUGCAGAUUAAGGGCAAAAUUAACUCUAUCAUCAUAGACAACUGUAAGAAGGUGGGUCUGGUUUUUGAGAAUGUGGUUGGGAUUGUGGAGGUCAUCAACUCAAAGAGCGUACAGUUACAGGUGUUGGGAACAGUCCCCACGAUCUCCAUCAACAAGACAGAGGGCUGCCAGGUUUACCUGAGCAAAGACUCUCUGAGCUGUGACAUCGUCAGUGCCAAGAGUUCUGAGAUGAACAUCAUGAUUCCAACAGACGAUGGCGAUUAUAGGGAGUUUCCAGUACCAGAGCAGUUCAAGACCAUUUGGGCCGGCACCAAACUAGUGACAGAACCCACUGAGAUUGCAGGCUAAUUCAAUGCUUCAUCUUCACCAACAUCACACUAUUGAUUAUUACCAAAAACGAAUUAAAUGUAUCCAUAUAUCUUUCCAUCAAUUCUAUCUAUUGAAUAAUACAGGUAUAAAAUGGCAGUAACUCAGUGCAUUGACCUUCAAACCAGGCAUCAAGAUUUGGGAAAAGGGUGGUGUUAGUGACUUUGAAAGGGGUAUGGUUGUUGAUGCCAGACACCCUGGCUCUCUCAUGCUCAACCAUUUCUAGGAUUUACAGAAUUAACCAAAUAUAAAGAGCACAUAGCAGCCGUUCUCUGGGGCAAAAAUGUGUUAAUGCAAGGAGAAUGACCACACUAGUUCCAGAUAAGAGUAUAAUAAAAGCAUUUAUGUAAGAUUGUAUAACUGCUGAAAUAAGAGCAAUCCUCUUGUCAAAAUAUCAUUGUCUUUCAACUUCUCUAAAUACUCUUUAUUACCAUUAUUAUCACCGCACGUCAACCAGUUUAACCACAGCAGCAAUACCAUUAUUCAUCAAGAAAAUAAACAUGCACAUACAUCUUUCAGUGGCCAAGCAGACAAGAAAAACUCAAGUUAAUUAUGGGACUAUUCAAUACUUUUCCAUCUAAUGAUUUGUUUAGUUAUGUUAGGUGCAUGUCGUCAUGUAAAAUGGUUUCACUUUGUGAACGAAAUCUCUGCACCAGUGUUUAGUGUAUUUUGCUUUAAUAACAAAUGCUGUAUGUCUUGUCAGUGCAUGCCACAUCCAACAAUGAAUGCGAUGUUCUGCAGGAACAAGAAGAAAUCUACUGAUCAAAAUAAUUAAGCAGGUACUUGCUGACUAAUUUCCAUUAGUUAUUCAUUAUUGUCGUGUACCUUACAAUACUGACAGUACUAGAUAGACCUGAGCACCUCACUCGUUAUUUCUUUGUACAUUAUUCUAUUUUGUACUAGGAUGUACUAUGAAGCACCAGCAUAGAGAAGCACUGUCCACCACCAAUGAUUUUCAAAGUGUUAAAUUUACAUGUACACAAUUUAAUGUAAUCGUGUAUCGUUUUUCAAAUAAAAUCAAAACUCUCACA